AUGGACAACGCAGAGGUUCUCAGACGGGUUCAACAACUAAGGAAAGCCUUGGCCGAAAAGCGGAAAAAGCUUGAAAAACAAGAGGCCAAAUUAAGCAGACGAACGUCCGCGCUCUCUUCAACAACCGAACCUCGACAACAUCAAGAAGAGUCGCAGACGGAUGCCGCGUUGGGUCCUUCUUCUCCAUCGCCUGCGUGCAGAUCUCCGUCCCCAUCCUUUCGCGUGGAAGAAGAAGAGAUCCCCCUUUCUCUCUUCCAAUCCCAGUUCUUUCCCUCUUUGUUCACCCAACCAUCCCAGACUGAUCGUCCACAAGACUGCACUGUGUUAUGUGUUCCGCGUGCCACCGCCUCCUUGUCUGAGGACGAGCAAACCAUUGAUUUUGUGACCGCGCGUUCCUCUGCGCGGGAGCCGCCUAGCCUUGCUACUUGUCUGACUAGCCGUGGCACUGCCCUGGUAUUUGUCUUGCGUACUCCCUCCACAGACGUAGUGCCCCUCUGGCGCAAGUCUGCUUCCGAAGGCACUAAACCCUUGGCAGUCUGUCUUAUCACGCUGCCUUCCACUCCUUCUGGUUCAACCAGGGUCGGUCUCUUUCUCCUCUGCUUUCAUGUCCACCAGGAAGUCCUGAUCAACUGUCUAUACGUAGCAGAAGUCACAGAAGAGGGAACCUGGAACCUCCUUGACUCACUCAUCCUCCCGAUAAGCGUCAAGUCCCGUGUGUCGGCCGUGGAUGUCAGCUCGUUGACAGGUUGUGCAGAUGCCGUUUUUGUCACUGGCCUCGGUUUCAUCAUUGCCAUUGUUGUGCCGGCCAUUGGUCUUACGGCAACUUUUCGAGCCUCGCUUGAAGUGGAGACAGGAAGACAGUCAGUCACAGCUUGUUGA